AACGUUCUCAUAUUGACGAGAAGCAUCGUUUAUAGUUUCGAUCCUGUCAUUGCUGUUCGUCGCGGAUUUGAUGCUAAUGAUGUCGUUUUAUCAUUUGAUUGUGAUAAAAGUAGCUAUCGUAUUUCU